AUGGAUUUACCAAAGUAUAGCGAAGAGUAUAGUGAUGGUGUUCAACGUUUUUUGGACUUCGCUUAUUCUGAUGGAGAUCCUCAAGGUGAAGAAAUUCAAUGUCCAUGUACAAAGUGUUGUAACAUCCCUUGGUGUCAAAGAUGUGUAGUAUAUAAUCAUCUAAUAUGCUACGGUUUUGUUAAAGGUUACUCAAGAUGGAUUAAUCAUAGGGAAUGGGACUUUCCAAUGGAAGUUGAUGAUGAAGUUAACUUAUAUGAUGACAUCGAUGGGUUGUUCAAUGAUCAAAUUAGAGAUGUUACACAAGCUAAAGGAGUUUAUGAAGGCCAAAAUGAAGAUGCCAAAAAAUUCUAUAAGUUAGUUGAUGAGGCAAUCCAAGAAUUAUAUCCUGGUUGUAAAGGAUUCUCUAAAUUAUCAUUCACAAUUCGACUAUAUUUGUUAAAGUGUCUACAUGGAUGGAGUAAUGCAUCCUUUACUUCCCUCUUGGAGUUGUUGAAAGAGGCGAUGCUUGAGUUGAACAUUCCUUUAUCCUAUAAUAAAGCCAAGUCUAUGGUAAAGGAUCUAGGUCUUGAUUAUAAAAAAAUUGAUGCAUGUCCCAAUGACUGCAUGUUGUUUAGGAAUGAACAUAAAGGUGAUGAAGAUUGUCCUAUUUGUGGAGCUUCACAAUAUAUUGAAUAUCCUGAAGUAGAUAGCGAGCUUCAGUCUUCCAAAAGAUCUCAUCGUGUUGCUGCUAAAACUUUGAGACACUUUCCAUUAAUUCCUAGACUCAAAAGUCUAUUUAUGUGCUCAAACACAGCGGAUAAAUUGAGGUGGCAUGACGAGGAGCGGUCCAAAGAUGGAAAGUUAAGGCACCCUGCUGAUGGCCAAGCAUGGAAAGACUUUGAUAGCCUUCAUCCAGAUUUUGCAAAAGAUUCUCGCAAUCUGAGACUUGGCUUGGCAAGUGACGGAUUCAAUCCAUUUCGGACCAUGAGCAUAUCUCAUAGUACAUGGCCAGUUGUCUUAAUGGUGUAUAAUUUUCCUCUUUGGAUGUCCAUGAAACAAGAAUAUUGCAUGCUUUCUUUGCUUAUAUCUGGUCCGCGAUCUCCUGGAAAUGACAUUGACAUUUAUUUGCAGCCAUUAAUAGAAGAGUUGAAGGUAUUGUGA